AUGCCAGGCACGCCGAGAACGCCAAGCGUCAGCUCUGCCGCCGAGCAGAAGGGCGCGCCCGUCUUCCCAGAGGUCGUCAGCGUCCCGCAGGUUUCCGAUUCGAAGCGCCAUGCAGUCGAUCAGGUCUGGGCCGCCGGCGCGUCGGCGCAGAUGUACGAGCCCAUCCCCGAGUAUGAGGGCCGCCACCGGUAUGACCCCACGGCGACCUGGUCGGAGCACGAGGAGAAGAAGCUGGUUAGGAGGCUCGAUUACAGGAUCUGCUCGUGGGUUUGCCUUAUGUUUUUCGCGCUCCAGCUGGACCGCGGCAACAUUAACCAGGCCAACACGGACAACAUGCUGGAGGACCUCGGCCUCACCACCAACCAGUACAACUACGGCAUGACCAUCUUCUACGCCCAGACACGUGGAUUCCUACAAAUGGUGUCGUGGAGCAUUAUCGCAGCUUGCCAGUGCUUGAUGACGGAGAAGAACGGCUUCUACGCCACGCGCGCCCUGCUCGGUCUCAUCGAGGGCGGCUUCAUCCCGGACGCCAUCCUGUACCUCUCCUACUUCUACACUAGUAAAGAGCUGCCUAUCCGCAUGAGCUACUUCUACUGCUCCUCCAACGCCACCCAGAUCAUCGCCGCCUUCCUCGCCUUCGGCAUCCUGCACCUGCGAGGCGUCGGCGGCUGGGAGGGCUGGAGAUGGCUUUUCGCCCUCGAAGGCGGCCUGACGGCCCUCAUCGGCGUCGUAUCGUGGUUCUACCUGCCGCCGAGCCCGACGCAGACGGCGAGCCGGUUCCGCGGUAAGGACGGCUGGUUCUCGGAGCGUGAGGAGAUCAUCAUGGUGAACCGAAUUUUGCGCGACGAUCCUAGUAAAGGAGGGAUGCACAACCGUCAGGGACUGACCCUGAGGCUCCUCUGGUCUGCGCUCUCGGACUGGGACCUCUGGCCCAUCUACCUCUACGGCUUCACGCUCCUCAUCCCCGUCAGGCCCAUCGACCAGUACCUGACCAUCAACCUCAAGGCCCUCGGCUUCGACACGUUCCAGGCGAACCUGCUCACCAUCCCGGGCUACGUCCUGUUCCUGAUCCAGCUCGUGUUCUGGUCCCGCGUCUCGGAGCGCUGGAACAACCGCAUGCUGAUCGUCUUCCUCUACUCCGUCUGGGUGUUCCCCCUCGUCCUGGCCCUGGAGCUGAUGCCGGCGGGGUCCAGUCCCUGGAAGUGGUACGCCGUCACUGCUCUGAUCGUCGGUUACCCUUACGUCCAUUCGAUUCUAGUCAGUUUGACAUCGCGAAAUGCGGGUACGGUCCGGACGAGAACCGUUGGUAGCGCCAUCUACAACAUGACGGUGCAAGCGAGCAGCAUCAUCGGUUCCAACAUCUACCAGAAAGAUGACGCGCCGCUGUACCGCCGAGGCAACAAGAUCAUCCUGGCGCUCAUUGCCUGGAACGCGGUGCUCGCCUGGCUCAUCAAGGCGUACUACAUGAAGAGGAACAAGACGCGCGACGACAUCUGGAGGGGCAUGAGCCAGCAGGAAAAGGACCACUACCUGGCGACCACGAAGGACGAGGGAAGCAGACGGCUGGACUUCCGUUUCGCGCACUAG